GCUGCUGUCAGGCAGAUGUAAACAAACGCAGGCUAGUGCAGUCGCUGUUGUUGUUUUAAGUAUUUCUCGUAGGAAACGGCAAGCGAAAAACACAUUUAUCAAAACAACAUGGGCGGGUGGGCGCUGGAGAUAGGCAAAAUGGCUCUGUACAUGACGUUCCCGGUCGCAAUGUUCCAUUGGUUCAAUCAGCCCGAGUACUUCGAGAAGUGGGUUACGGACACGAAACGACAGAUUUACCCACCGGAAAACCAGCAGCACCGCGAGCAGAUAGAAAAGUGCAUUCGCAAAGUGCGAGAGCAGCACGAUAACGAGCUGAUGAAGGAACUUGAAGCAAUGGAGAAAAAGGAGCACAAGCUGUCCUGAACGAGUCGCCCUUUAUUUGUGGCGUUGCUACUUUUUAUCGCGCUGUGUUUGCAUUGUUGUACAUAAGUUAGUAAACUGAAAUAUUAGCAUCAAAGCUAUCUGCGAUUUGUAUUGCAAGGGACAAAAAUGGGAGGAUAAAAUUUUCGGCGCCC